GCGCGGAAGCCCGAGGAAAGUAAGGCGCAGGCAGUGGCGGCGCCUGGUCAGCCAUGGCGGGGCAGCGAGGCGGGGAGCCUGCGAAUUACGUCUCUCGCCUCUCGGCAUGGGCGGACGAGCACCUCACCCUCGUCCGGGUAGGAGCAGUGGCGAGGGAGGGAGCCGGGUGGCGCCUCGGCAAGGCGCGCUUGCUUGCCUUCGCCCUUAGGUCUUUGGGGAUAGGCUGAAACGAAAAGAGGUCAGAACGGCGACGACCAAGACAAUAAAUGGGCACGCUGAAUCUCUGCAGCCCGGGAUCCCUGCUGCUUCUCCAAAGAUGUCGUGGCCGCGCACCAUCGUUGGGGAUGGGCACUAAGCAUAUGCUCCAAGGCGCUCUUUCCCUUUUUGAUUGCGUGCCCUGGAGGCACGGGAACAGGUUCUGGUUUGUAGCUCUGCUGCGCCAGGCUAUUUUGGUUCCGCCUUUGCUCACAUGCACGAUUUGCUUCACUGGCUGAGGGGAAAACAUUUGGUCCUCCUUGUGAGGGAAGGGUUUGAUUUCGUGGAGUCAAACGAUGUUCAAAGAUGUUAGGAAAUACUAACUUGUAAACGUGUUCUUCCUUCAAAGUAUAAAGUGUGUUUUGUCAUGUGGGGCAAAGAGGGGUUGGGGAACGGGGGUGAUACAGACUUGGGAAAUAGUUCUGGAGACAAGAACUGAAUGCCACAGCCACCAGGUCUGUAAAAAAGGUAAAGGACCCCUGACAGUUAAGUCCAGUCGCGAAUGCGUUUACCUUCCCGCCAGAGCGGUACCAAUUUAUCUACUUGCACUCUGACGUGCCUGCCGACCUUCCAAUCGGUAAGCCCUAGACCAGGCUUCCUCAAACUCAGACCUCCAGAUGUUUUUGGCCUACAACUCCCAUGAUCCCUAGCUAGCAGGACCAGUGGUCAGGGAUGAUGGGAAUUGUAGUCUCAAAACAUCUGGAGGGCCAAGUCUGAGGAAGCCUGCCCUAGAGUCAGUGGUUUAGACCCCAGCGCCACCCGUGUCCCUACCAGGUCUGUAGCCCUGAUCUAAAUUGUGCUUGCAUUUACACUUUUAAAAGACCUUCCCUGUGGCUGUAAUUACACUUUAAAAAGACCACAGGAGAUUUAGGCUUUAUUUGGUUUAAUUUUAAAAAAAUAAGCUGUUCAAUUAAUUAAGGCAACUUUUUAACUGUUCAAAAUAUUUUUAAUUGAUUAAUUGUCUAAACUGGAGGUUUACACCACAUCAACUGGAAUCAAGGGGUCUCAAGAGGGAAAUUCUUCAGGGGUGCAAGGUCUUGAAUACUUGUUGUCUUUUUUCUUCAGACAAAACACAUUUUAAGGUUUAUGGCAGCACAUAUAUCACAACCUUUUAGAAAAAAUGUUUUCAGCUUCAAGGCUGAAGUUCUAAAAGCUAUUGCAGUAAAGAUAUUUUUUGCUUGGUUGAAACAAAAGCAAUACAGCGGGAGCUCGGGUUACAGAUGCUUCAGGUUACAGACUCCGCUAACCCAGAAAUAGUACCUCGGGUUAAGAACUUUACCUCAGGAUGAGAACAGAAAUCACACGGCGGCGGCACAGUGGCAGCGGGAGGCCGCAUUAGCUAAUGUGGUAUCUCAGGUUAACUACAGUUUCAGGUUAAGAACGGACCUCUAGAACGAAUUAAGUUCUUAACCUGAGGUACCACUGUAGCUAUUUCUGAAUUCUUAGACUAAUUGCACUCUAUGCACCGAAGGUAGUCAGUUUAUGAGGCUUGCUCCCUGACAGGCAUGUUUAGAAUGGGUUGAAGUAUGCAAGUAUGCAAAUAUCAGGAGAUCAAGAAAUCUAGGGCAGUAGAUCUAGCACUAAUGAUCAGGAAAAGUCCGAGCAUAAAGGUGUGUUAAAAAUAAAAUUAAAAGGCUUCCGGUCAGUGCCAGCAGCAAUGGCGGACCUCCUUUGAUGUUCGGAGGGGGUAGCCCAGUGGGAGAUCGGGUCCUGUGCGCUCCGGCGAAGCGGGGACCCUUAGAAAUCGCAGGCGCGGACGCCUGCGAACGUGGAGGCUCGGCGGGCACCUUGAAGCGCCCCCCCCAACCUGAAAGGAAGCCUUUUCGAGGCUUCGGAAGGGAGCGGGGGAGAAGCGCGGUGCUGCGAGCGGAUCGCUGCUCCCACUGAGCGAAGCCGCGUUGCCGUUGCUGGAGAGCGCUGACUUAUUCCUGGGACAUUCGGACUCAAAAACUAACCGUGAGUAGAAGAAUUGGAUAAAAGAGCAAGAUUUGGAUUAAUUUGGAACUUUGGCGAAAAAGCGGAAAAGUUUAAAGCUUUUUAAAAAAUGGCUGAAUUGGCUACCGCGGUGGAAGCGUAAACAGGAAGUCGGCUUCACUGCAUUGUAUAAAGAACAAAGCAAAGAGAUUUGGAGCUAAACGUGGGAGAGCUGAAUUGAAAUAAGCGUGUUCUUCUGACCUGAGGACUUUGGAGGGAUCUACCCUUAGGAGAGUUAAGGGAAAGACUUUUGAUUUUACUGGAUCGUUUAAAUUGAAGGAUUAAAUGAGUGAUCUGUCACUCAGCUGUCAAAGCUGUCAAAGUUGCUAAAGCUGUUUGCUGGCUGCAAAGGAGAUACAUAGUGGCCAAUUUUACUGGGAAAAGAUUGGAAAAGACUGGAAAGUUAUAUUGUGUCUUUUACUUUGGACUCUUUUUUUCUCUUACUUAGUAUCUUUCCCUUGUUGUUCUAAAAGACAGUAACUUGCUAGGUGGCAACAGUGUCCAUCUAGUGGGAUUUUCUGCAAUUGCAGGAAAGGAAAGGAAUUUUCCAAUUAUAAACAGGAAGAGCAGACGUGGGAAAGUAAUUUGACCUUCACUCUGUUAUGGCUGAUGGUUACAAGGACCAGUCAACCUUGAGAUCAGGGAAACCUUGGACACAUAGAAGGCAAUCAUCUGCUGGUUUGCCUACAUCGGCAACACAAUCUAAGUCUGGUGGAAUGUCUGAGGAACUUUUAGCUAGUGCUCUGUCUAAGAUUAAUGAUUCAAUACAGCAGCUAUCUACAAAAGUGGGGGAGACGAACAGGAAGGUGGAAGAGACCAAUCAGAAACUGGAUAUUGCAAACAGGAAAAUUGACCUAAAUACAGAAACAUUAGGUAAUUUGGAGAAAAAAGUAAAUAGCAAUACGGAAUCUAUUCAGAAACUGCUGCAAGACUCAAAGUCUAUACAGGAAAAAACUGCUGCUGUAGAGUUCAAAUUGGGGCAGUUGGAAACUGAAAAAGUACCAGACUUACAGAAAGAGAUUGCAGAACAUAAGUUAACGUUAUCUAUGAUUGACCUCAAAGACAAACAAACGAAUCUUAGAAUCAGAGCUGUUCCUGAGUUGGAGAAAGGUACUUUGAUAGAUUUUUGACACAAGAAUUUCUGGACUUUUGGAAAUCGGAAUUGAAACAAGAGGAUUUUAAGAUUGUGAGGGCCUUUCGACUGGGGAAAGGAGGAAGAAAGAUUAAAAUAAGGGACUGUUUGAUUACUCUUCGAUCUAAGGAAGAAAGGGACAAAAUUUUGGGUUUACAUUACGAAAAACCCUUGACAAUUAUACAAUCAAAAGUUGAAAUUUUUAAAGAUAUACCAAAACAUCUUCUUGAUUUAAGAAAGGACUUUGGAGACCUGGUGGACUUGUUGAGAAAAAAUAAAAUUCUCUUUAGGUGGGAAUUUCCCCAAGGUCUAUCCUUUAGCUUUAAAGGAAGAAAGACCAAGAUUAGAUCAGUGGAGGAAAAGAACAAGUUUCUGAGUGUAUACAAAGAAGACCUACUGAAAGGAUUGGGAAAAGACAUCACGAUACCGGCCAAGAGUCUGCAAAAAAAAGGGAAACCAACGCCACCGACAGACAUAGACAACCUUCUUGGGGCUGCUGGAGGAGAAGGAGAGUAGUUACAAAAUGACACUACAAAUUUUAAGCUGGAAUAUUAAUGGCCUAAAUUGUCGGCUAAAAGGGGAAGAGUAUUUCAUACACUGAAAAAAGAACAUUUGGACUUGAUCUGUUUACAAGAGACUCAUGUGACAAGGCUACAUCGGAAAAUUUUGACAAAUAAAAGAUUGGGAGAGGAAUUUAUCUCAUCGGACAAUGUUAAAAAAAGAGGGGUAGUACUUUAUGCGAAGGAAAGCCUGUCACCAAAAUUUAUAUUUAAAGAUGAUCAAGGAAGAUAUAUAGCAAUUGAAAUUCAAUUCCAAGGACAGAAAUUUUUGAUAAUAGGUGUAUACGCACCAAAUGAGGGAAAAUCAGAAUUCUUCAAGAAAUUGCAUGAAACUCUCCUGGACUAUUUGGAUUACAAUAUUAUUUUGAUGGGAGACAUGAAUGGAGUAGUGUCUACAAAUAUGGACAAAGCCCAAAGACAAACAGUGACAAAAGAUGGAAGAUUACCAAAGACAUUUUUUGAAAUGACUGACAAUAUGGAUCUUGUGGAUAUUUGGCGAAUGGUCAAAAUUGAAGUUAUCAUUGCUGGGCCGAAUUGCUGCGAUAAAGAUGAAUGUAUUGCCUAGAAUGUUGUUUUUGUUUCAAACACUACAAAUUGUGGAUAAAAUGGACUGUUUCAAGAGGUGGCAAAGAGAUAUUUCUAAAUUUAUCUGGCAGGGCAAAAGCCCAGAAUAAAAUUUAAGAUAUUAACAGAUGCAAAGGAAAGAGGGGGAUUUGCCCUGCCAGAUCUUAAACUUUAUUAUGAAUCAGCCGCUUUUUGUUGGCUGAAAGAUUGGCUACUUCUUGAAAAUGUGGACAUUUUAGAUUUAGAAGGUUUCGAUAAUGUGUUUGGGUGGCAUGCAUAUUUAUGGUAUGACAAAGUUAAAGCGCAUAAGGCCUUCAAGAAUCAUAUUGUCAGGAAAGCAUUAUUUAAUGUUUGGGUGAGAUAUAAGGAUUUGUUGGAAAGUAAAACACCAAGGUGGCUGUCACCAAUGGAGGCUAAGGCUUUGGAAAAAACAAACAUGGAGACAAAUUGGCCAAAAUAUUGCGAAAUUUUAGAACAAGUCGGAGAUAAAUUAAAAUUGCAGAGCUUUGACAAAUUAAAAACUAAAGUCCGAGAUUGGUUGCAUUAUUAUCAAAUAAGGGAGGUUUUUAACUUAGAUAAAAAGAUAGGUUUCAGGAGGAAAAAUCUAAACUGGAAACGGAAUUGUUAGAACCUAAAACCAAAAAUUUGUCAAGAAUGUAUAAUCUGCUGUUGAAAUGGAAUACACAGGAUGAAAUGGUUAAAUCUGCUAUGAUUAAAUGGGCGCAAGAUGUGGGGCAUAAUAUUAUGUUUGCUGACUGGGAAAGGUUAUGGAACACAGGUAUGAAAUUUACGGCCUGUAACGCCUUAAGAGAAAACAUAAUGAAAAUGAUAUAUAGGUGGUACUUAACCCCAGUCAAGCUAGCAAAAAUUUAUCAUCUGCCUGAUAAUAAAUGUUGGAAAUGUAAAGAAAAUGAAGGUACUUUUUUCCACCUUUGGUGGACGUGCCCAAAGAUCAAGGCCUUCUGGGAAAUGAUAUAUAAUGAACUAAAAAAGGUAUUGAAAUAUACUUUCUUGAAGAAACCAGAGGCCUUCCUCUUGGGCAUGGUCGGCCAAUUGGUGCGAAGGGAAGACAGGAAUUUCUUUAUGUAUGCGACAGCAGCGGCAAGAAUACUCAUUGGGAAAUACUGGAAGACACAAGAAUUGCCUACCCGAGAAGAAUGGCAGAGAAAAGUGAUAGACUAUAUGGAACUGGCUGAGAUGACCGGCAGAAUACGAGACCAAGAAGAAGGGUCGAUGGAAGAAGAUUGGAAAAAAUUUAAAACAUAUCUUCAGAAAUACUGUAAUAUAAAAGAAUGCUAGAAAAGGUUGGAGAAGAACAUUAGACCGUAUUGGCAGACAGAGUAUAAUGGAAUAAGUAAAUAUGUAGUGUAAAAUAAAAAUAGAGGAGAAUUAAAUAUUUUUGAAUGUUAAAUUAAGUAAAUGAAAAGAAGGUUAGAAGGGUUUGCUGGAGAUACGAUUUAAAUUAGAAUACAAAGCAGAGAAGUGAGAGGAAGUCUUGGAAAUAAGUAAAUGGGAAAAUGAUCUUAAUGGUUUAAUUUGAUUUUUUGUUAUUUUUGUAUUGUGAUUUUUUGUCUUUUGUAUUUUUUUUCUGUAUCGUGUGGUGUUCUUUUUUUUUUUGUAGGGUGUAUGUGAUUUGUUUUUCUUUUUUUGCUUUUUUCUUUCUAUGUAAUCUUAAAAUUGGAAUAAAUAUUCUUUAAAAAAUAAAAAAUAAAAAUAAAAUUAAAAAGAUGGAAGCUUGCUACUAUCCAUGCUUCCCAGAAUACUCAUAUGAAAAUUUAUGCACAUGCCGUAAAUAAAAUUUAGAGGCUUAAUCUAUUGCAAUUCAUUUCACUGAGUUGCUGCUCUUCCUGCCUAGACUCACUCUCACUAGCAGAGAUUUGGGCAAAGCGUGAACAGCAGCAAAGGUUUGCAUAGACCCAUAUGAAGCUGGCUGCAUAAGGAGAGGAGGUGUGGAAGAGCAUCUGUUGCUAUUCACACUCUGGAGAGAGAGGAAGUUGGAAGUGAAAGUGGUUGAGGUUCAAAAUAAUGAGUGUGUGUGUGUUCCUUGUUACCAGAGGCUAUUCUGGGAGUCAGAUGGGAGACCUCUGGGUUCUGCUGGGCUACCUGCAGAACCUGGAUCAAAACCAGUAAACAAAAAUCAACAAAAUAGAUUUUCAAUAUGUCAUAUUUUCUAAGAUUGGCUCAUUUGUGAUGGGCAACAGUUUCAGAAUGGCAACAUCUCUGAGCAAAUUCGAUAUGUCAAUCAUUUGUAGUUUAGUGUGCACAAUGCUGUGAUGACCAUGUUCAAAAUAUGUUCCUAAGCAUAUUUACUCAUAACCCAAAGAUGUUUCAGUAGUGGUUCCUUGCCAUCCUGGAAACAAGUGAGAAGUGGGGUGCUACAGAGUUCUGUCAGGGUUGAAACCGGGUAUGCUUAGCCUAGAGAAGAGGCAGAGAUGAUAUGAUAGCCAUCUUCAAGUAUCUGAAAGGUCAUCACAUAGAAGAGGGAGCAAACUUGUUUUCUGCUGUUCCAGAGGGUAGGAUUCGAACCAAUGGAUUCAAGUUACAAGAAAAAAGAUUCCAUCUAAAUGUUAGGAAAGAAUUUCUGAUGAUCAGAACUGCUUUGAGAGUGGAAUAGAUUUCCUUGGAAGGUGGUGGACUCUCGUUCAUUGGAGGUUUUUAAGCAGAGGUUGAGUGGCCAUCUGCCAGGCAUUCUUUAGCUGUGAUUCCUGAAUUGCUGGGGUUAAACUAGACGACCUUUGGAGUCCUUUCCAUCUUAGAAGUCCCAAGUAUUUUAAUGAGGUUUGGGGUUGCAGUUACUUGCAUUUUAGCACAAUCCCAUGCAUAUUUACUCCAAAGUAAGCUCUACUCUAAAGCCGCUUUGAGGUUUGUUUGCUUUUUACUACCAAGUGGUAUAUAAAUUUUAUGGAGAGGGGAAUACAAUCCCAAGAGUAAGCCAUGUGGAAUUCAAUAAGACUUACUUCUGAAUAGGCCCAGUUAGGAUUGUGCUGCUCAGCAGAUGCCCAAAAAUAAUUAUAAAUUUUGUAUCAUUUACUUUACUUUUAUUUAUUUAACUUUUUCUUUAAAUAAUGGAUUGCUUAGAGAAAACUAAAUCUGAGAUCCCUUUGUAAACUUAGUUUUGUUGUUGUUGUCUAGAUUAACCGAAACCUAAGUCAGAAAACCUUUCUGACACAUAACUGUGGCUGCUCUCAGAUAUGUAUUUUUUGCUUUCCUCUUUAUAAUGAUAGCAUGCUCUGGCUUCAGUUAAAUGAAAGUCAUGCAGUGGAGACUUAAACAAUUUAUGAAAUAAUUUAUUAUGUUGUUUUCUGCAGAACAUCAGCACGGGAAUGGCGAUAGCUGGAGUAAUUUUACUUGCAAAGAGUGUAAAGUUGGUAAGUUAUGUAUUGGAUUUAAUAAUGUUUAUGAGUUGCCUGAAGCGGUUAGGUGCUGCACAUAGCACAAGUUCAAUAAUGAGCAGUAAUUGCUUGCUUAUCUGUAAUUUUUAGCCAAAGUCUAUUAUUGUAAUUGAGCCUUUUCAAUCUGAAGUGUACUUUUAGCAGAAUAUUUAGAUCUCUAGCCUGCUUGAUCCCCAGAGUAAGCUGAAAUUUGAAAACACAAGCAGAUUCGCUUGUUUUCUAACUAGAAUGAAUAUAAAAUAAAUUACUUCCCGUUAAAAUGGUGGUUUUAUCUAUUCAGGGCCAAUUGAAAUGAAGAGGACUUAAGAAUCCUUCCCAGAACUGUCAAGCUUUGUUGAUUUUUCACUCUUAGGACUUUAAAAGGUUUAAAUGCCCGGGGACCAUCAUAUCUUAAGCAGUAUCUCUCCAUAUAUCAAUCCACAUAAUCAUUGAGAUCCUUCAGGGAGUGUUGUAAUUGCCAACUAGGUAAGCUUGGCUGAUGCAUGGAACAGGGGCUUGUCACUCAUGGCCCCUCCUCUACAAGAAGACCUGUCAAAGCCCAUCAUCACUUGUUCUUAGAAACAAGACUUUGGGGGUCUCAUUUAACAUAUUUAAUUAUACGUAACGGUGCACCACAUUUUGGCUGUUCAGUUUGUUGUGAAAAGAUGACAUCCAGCUGCUCCAGUUUCUCAGUUAAUAGAAAUGGCCUAGAAUAUAUAAAUACAGGCAUGAAAUAUCAGUUUGCCUUAACCUAGGAAUUAUUUUUUGCUAGGGGAGGGGUCAUACCUCUGGCAAGAGAUACAAAUUGUGUUCCUUCUGGGGUAGUUUGCCACCUUUGAUCUCCACCCUGCUCUCACUUAUAGCUCUAUAGAAACGCUGGCCUAAACUAUUGCAAGGGUUUCUAAGGGGUUGCUCGUGCGUAAGCAGGUACCUAUCUCCCUGGCUGGGUGCAAACACCUGGCUGGGCUGCCAAAGUGAACCUCAUCUGUCCAGACUGCCACUCACCCGUGGCUGACUCAGUCGCUGGCAGAAUCCAUGAGUGGGCAUUUCUUAAACUUCUUCCAGCAAAGAAGCUCUUUGACGCCUAGUCUCCGCCUACCCUCUCUGCGCGAAAGCCUUCUGCGCAGGGAGGGCGUGGGCAACGGAGGACCCCUACUCUCCCCGCUGGUCCCAGGCAAGGAGUCAUGGGACCGCCUUGCCACUUCCCCCACCUGCCCCCCUUCUCCACUGGUGCUACGCUGAUUCUCUUCCCCAGAAGAUGGGCUGCUUCUCCCGAUCCCUGGACGCUCUCUGGAAUCCCUCUGGUUUUUGCGCUCUUCCUCCAGUACUGAUGGCAGUUCCCUGACAACUAUUUACCCCCAACCUAUUUCAAAAUUAGAGUAUUAGCCCUUUUGGCUUAAAAAAAAGGCAGUCUGAACAAAACUCCUGGUCUCUCUUAAUGAAUGCCUCGCUAAACAACGAAACAAAACCCUUCUGGAAACUGGUCUCCGGUUUCCUGAGCAAUAGCUCCCCAGCCCCAUCUGUGCCAUUCCAGCUCAGGUAUGGGAGAACCAUUUUAGAAAUAUAUUCAUGGAAAAUUCAAAUCUCCCCGCCAGUUUUUAUGAUGAAGAUUUGGCAGAACUGUCACUGCUCCCACAAUGGAGCCCAGUUACAGUGGAAGAAGUCUAUACAUUAAUUGGGAACCUGAAGAGUGGUAAGGCCCUGGGAAAUGACUUUAUCUCAGCUGAAUUGAUCAUAUCAAAUCAGCACUGGUGGGCUCCUCUUCUGGUGGCACUUUUUACGAUAGUAAAUAACUCGGGCAAAGUACCGUCUAGCAUGCAAUAGUAGUCCCAAUCUUUAAGAGAGGCCAGCCAAACAUGCCUUCUAAUUAUAAGCCAAUCAGUCUGCUUUCAACUAUAGGAAAGCUGUGCGCCCGCUUUCUCUGAAACAAACUGACAACUUUUCUAAAUGACUAUAAUAUCCUAUCUGAAACUCAGGCAGCUUUCCAUGAAAACCACUCAACAUCAGACCACUGUCUAAUGCUGUCCCUCCUAGCCGAGAAGUACACCAGACCUCUACAGGGAAAACUUUGUGGCCUUUAUGGACCUGAAAUCUGCCUUUGACUCCAUCUCCAGAUUCCAACUAUGGUCCGAAUUACAUCUAGCACUGAAGGAUAAACGUCUCCUAUAUCUUAUAAAAGCCCUGUACUGUGGAAGCAAUUAGCAGGUUAGGUGUGGGUUGCAGGGCCAGCUCUCAGACUGUAUUGAGAUGGACAGCGGAGUGAGACAGGGAUGCAUUUUGGCCCCUACUUUGGUCAGUUUGUUUCUGAAUGACGUAGAGGCAAGCUUAAUGGACCCUGAUGGCCAUCUUCUAAAGAUAGGGAUGAGAAAGACCCCCCUCUUGUUGUAUGCGGAUGACGCAGCCAUCCUCUCCCGAACCUAGGGCUUCUAUUUCAUCAUUCCAAGUCCUGGAAACAUCAUUGGUAAACCGCCUAUCAAAAGGCAGAGGUAAGCAAACUGGCUAUACUAUUCUUUUAUACAAGGAGAGGCCAUUAUGUUCCAUCAGCCAUUAAGGUAUUUAAUGCAACAUCUGUCUCUCAACUCCUCUAUGCCUCAAAUGUCUGGUUCAAUGGCUCAUUCUCCAGGUUUGAUGGCUUCCAUGUAAAGUUUCUCUGGUCCCUCCUACAAGUUCCAAAUUGUGUUCCAAAUGCAAUACUGUUUUCAGAAACAGGUGAAUGUCCUCUAUCAACUAAAGCAUGGUGGGCUGCCCUGAGAUACUGGCUCAAGAUCUCAGUCUUUGGCCUAGGGAAGGGGUUACUUCCAUACCUAAACAAUGAGUUUACCAGCUCAUGGAUGAAAAUUAUGGUUAGAAAAGCCUCUUCGAUUGGUAUUCCACCUUCUCUCCUGUACCAUCUGGGCUUUGAUUCCGCCCUGGAAUCUCUGAGGCAAAGGCUCUGGGACAUAUCACAUAGUGAUCUCCGAUCUCAAUCUCAUGUUAUCUGUGGCCCAUUAGCAGUAGGAAUUCACUAUGGGUUCGAGUUCCAGACACCUGCAUAUCUUAGAAAUUUGUCUGUACCAACAUAUCAGCAUCUUUUCACCAAAGCCAGAUUAAAUGUAUUCCCAUCAGAAGUGUUAAACGGCGGACUGAGAGGUAUCCCUUAUCAAGAUAGGAUCUGUUGACUGCAUGAGGCAUAUUUUAUUGCAUUGCGGACAAUAUGAUCAAGCUAGGGAACUAUUGAUUAAACCACUAUUGGCAAAUCGGCCGGGUCAGUCUGAAGCCUACCAUAUCAAAUAUCUCCUGGAUGACAAGUCCAAUGAUAUCACAGUGGCCGUGGCAAAGUUUCUUUCAGUAGUCAUACGAAUCAAAGAUCAACAUACCCAUGACUAAACAAAUAACGCUUCGGUCUCCCUUCCCUGGGGGUUUGUCUGUAUGAAUCUGUAUUUUAUUCUGAAUCCAUGUUAUGGGUUGUUGGACCACAAUAAAGAUUAUUAUAAAAUAAUCAGAUUUCAACUGGAAUAUCUAGGAGACAUUUCUUGUUUUUUUCACAUAAUUUGGGACAGCUUUUUCACGUGUUACUUUCCCCUACAAACCUUUUUUGAGAGAUUGGCUGGAAAACAGCCUCAUGUGUUUCCUUGAAACGCAAUAGACUAGUUGGGCAUUAGUGUUUCAAGGCUCUGUUUGUGUCCCAGGCUAGUCACGUAUUUCACAGACAAAACAUAUUAGGCUAUUUCCCAGCCAAAUCCUUAUUUGUUAAGCAAGCAAAUGAGGAAAACUGACGUGGAAAGCGGCAUUGUAACAGUUGCUUGAUGGCCCAAAUCAAACUUCACUUCUUUAAGGAUGUAAAUCACUACGAUAUUAGCUACUUUGUACAGGACUAUGUUCUGUGUUAAAACAGCUGCUUUUAUAUGCGUUCUAUUAACCUUCCAUUGCUAUUUUAUGUUGCGUUGUUUCUCUCUCCCCAAAUCACCCAGGAUGUUUCUCUUAAAUUAUGUUUGACUUCCUUUGUCAGUACCUGUAUGGGUCUUCCGGCACAUGGCAAAUAAAUAUUGACUUUCCUGGGCAGUUUUCCACUUUGCGAUCUAUGUAGAUCUCCUCCUAUGAGUAUAUGAAUCAUUUUCUUGACAGUGUGGAAACCUAUAUUGUUCAAAUGGGGGUUGGUAAUUUACAGAUGAGAUGGACAGUAGCAUCACUGUGUAAUUUAAAAAAAAAAAUCUGCUUCACAUGAUUUUUGUUUUAUUCGCAGAACUAUCUGAUGAGAUACAUUGCUUUAGAAAAGGUAUCUUAUACUGUUGGUACACUCUCUCCUUCCCAGAUGGAGAACGGGAUACCUGUGUGUGUGUGUGUGUGUGUGUGUGUAUGUGUAUGCAAUUUGUUUCAUGUGCUCAAUUAGUGACCGGCCCAUAAGCAAUCAAGAUUCAAAUGUCUCAGUGUGCCCACUGGGAUUUCUGAAGACCAAAUUGAUAGGCCCCUGAUUUCUUCUUUUCAGAAGCUGUCAUCUCAGGCUGGUGAUAUUGUGAGUGGCUGUGUGCGAGGGCCAGUGCAGAAAAGUGGUAGGUGUGAAGCAGUAGCAAUAUUAAUAGUAGCAGCAAUACCAUGAGUUGGCAGGGAGUAAAAGAACAGAUAAUGGCAAUGUGAGAGACACAUUACCACUUCAUUGACUAUCCUCCCUCUUUGCCAUUGGAACGCUUUGCCUCCUGCCAUCCAUCUGGCUCCUGUUGUUGCAUUUAAACACCUCCUUCAAAACUUGGCUGCUCACCAUCUUUCUCCAACUCAGUCUUCCACCUUUACCAUUCCCCGCCUCUGCCCUUGCUUUGAAUUUCAUUUUGUAUCUUGCAAGCCAGAGGGUGGGCUUUGUUUUUAAAAGGUAAAAGGUAAAUGAUCACUGGAUGGUUAAGUCCAGUCAAAGGUGACUAUGGGGUUGUGACGCUCAUCUCGCUUUCAGGCCGAGGGACCUGGCUUUUGUUCACAGACAGCUUUCCAGGUCAUGUGGCCAGCAUGACUGAACUGCUUCUGGCGCAACGGAACACUGUGACGGAAGCCAGAGUGCAUAGAAAUGCUGUUUACCUUCCCGCCACAGCGGUACCUAUUUAUUGACUUGUGCUGGUGUGCUUUCGAACUGCUAGGUUGGCAGAAGCUGGGACAGAGCAACGGGAGCAGGGAUUUGAACUGUUGACCCAAGAGGCUCAGUGGUUUAGAACACCACACCACCUGCAUCCCUUUGUUUUUAUAUGCAACUUGUCUAGUUGAGAUGUAGCCUAGGAGUCGGCUUCAGUGUGUGAGCAGGUCUUGCUAUGUUUUAAAUUUUAAAUUAGUCAGCGCUGUGCAGUUUCUGUGGCCAAACAUGGUUUCACUGGAGUAUUUUCCAUGUUAAGAAUAUGUCAUGUCAGUUGCUUUUGGAAAGCCAGACUAAGCGCAAUCAGCAGACUUGUUCCAUUAUGUUUAUUUACAGAACCUUCGGAUGUUGUUUGCAAGGUCUUCUGUUUCUGUGAAGAGACCUUGCAGGACAACAGGAGAGAAGGAUUGGGUAAUAAAUUAAUUCCUGGUGGCUUGACCUCCUCAGUAAUAGAAGCCAAAUGUGAUAUGAGCAACAUAGCAAAAGACCAUUCUCGUGGUAAACUCUAGUUACUCUGCUGGGCCCUGCUCCAUUUACCAGCUUCUCCUACAUCCGUACUGCUUUUUCAGAGGUGGGCAUCCACCCUCCACACUUCUCUUCCCCUCCCCACCCCCCAGAACCUGGCUCCUUUUCCUUCUGAGAUGAGUUGAGGCUGAGGACCUGAUCCCAUUGAGGGAAAUGUGCCAAAGUUGCUAGUAGCACGUUGCUAGUAGGAUGUCUAUAGGGCAACAUCAUACGUUAAAUUUUGAAAUGUCCCAGGAAUAUACUUUAAAAUGGUAAAAUGCAACAAGCAUGUUUGCAAGCCCAUGUCUCACACAGAUAAUAUUCAGAAGGGAACUGUGCGGGGUUGCUCUCCUUUGUUGAAUGUGCACUCAUCGGCAGCCCAUAAUGUGUGAAACAGCUCUUAAGUAAAAAGAAGAAGAAGGGGAGAGAUAUGCACAUAUAUUUUCUCGUAAGGCCUGAUUUUCUUCAAUUGUUUCAAUGUAUAGCCCAUUCUAUGUCAGGGGCUUGAAGGUGAGUUGUGAUAUGUGGAUCACAAAGUCUUAAACUGCUUCAUAUAAUAGGUUUAUAGAAUGACAACUUGCCAUUGAGUGAUACCUGUAACGGGUUAUAGCUUGGAAACAUUUGCUGGUAUCUUGUUAUGUGAAUUAAAUGAUUACAGAGAUCUAUCCGGACAUUACAAGUUCUUCAUUUUUUUAUUCCCUCUCCCCUGUCUCUUUCCUUUUUUCAUGAAAAGACAACCAAAUUCACAACUGCUAUGGAAAUACCAGUGGAAUUUAUAGAGAAGAACGUUAAGUUGCGGGGACGGUUGCACCGAAUAAGUGAACGAGGAUUGGAAAUUGAACAUGUUCCUAUUACCCUUCCAAUCAUUUCAUCUUUGCAGAGAAGAUGUAAGUAGGAUGAAAGACAUGCUUGAGCCCAUAGUGGCCAAGUUAAACAUUAUUUAACUAUCUGCAAACUUGAUACUGUUAAUAGCAUGAUUGUCACAGUCUGUACCUUUCUGCUCAUUUUGUCCUGACCUCACCCUUCCACACAAUUCCACCACCCCAAUCAUGUAGGUAUGUAUGUACAAACUCAGAAUAACACUUCAUGCAUUUUAUGAAAAGGAGUUUAUUCCAGGAAAGCUUAUGCCACAAGAGUCCUUUUUGGUUUUGAUACUUAAUAAUAUCCCAAUCGGCCUGGUAUCAUUGAAUGGAAUCCCCAGAAAAUGCAUACGCAAAGCAAAUACAAUAUGUGCUUAGACAUUGCAAAAGAAUUUGAGUGCUUUAACUGUAAUCCUAGCUACGUAUUUAAUUCAAUGAGACUUGUUCUCAGGGAAGUGGGGUUAGGGUUGCUGGCUUAAUCUCUUUGAGAAAUCCAUGGGAAAUGAAAUCCAGGAAAGUGAAAAUAGAAUAGCAAGGACCCAAAGUGUUGCACAACUUGUUCCACUUAACUCAGAGGCAAUUCAGGGUUGCUUUUUCCCCAUGCUACAUGAGAUACAACUGAGGAGAAUUUCAAAAGCCAUUUGCUUGGGUCUACUGUUCAAGUAAAAGGUAGCAAAAAUCUUACUGAGCUGAGCAUAACUAAGCCCUUGGGCUAAAAGUAAUUCUUAAGCGUAGUGAUUCUGGAAUUCUAGAACUAUUGUACCUACCAUGUGCUCCUUUCUUACUUCUGCAUUGCUUGAUGUAGAGAUAACAUUGUAUUUCCAUAACAGUGUCGCACAGAUGAAAAUAACUGCAUCGUUGACUGUUUUCCUACUUCAAAGACAGAGGGCCUAGUAUUUUUCAAGUAUAAUCCAUCCUAUCCUAGCUAUAGAGUGAACAUUUUCUAAACGAGGACUACUUCACACGUUACAGCUUGAGCAGUUUGUACUUAUAGUAUAAAAUUUGAAGCACAUACUUCUUAUUUUCUCAAGCCUUCUGCACACCUUGGAAACACAUGCUGUGGGACUAAGGUUAACUGUCACUCCUUACAGGAGAUUAUUUACAAGGGUUGUCUUUGCUAUUUACGUUCCUCAAAUGUUGUUCUGUCGGGUGCACAGCGCAGGUGUAUAGCCUGUACCAUUUAAAUAAGCAACGUCAAAAUAUGUUUUCCUUUUUCAUGUCUGUAUCCCGGCCACUUUUGAUACAGAAAGCUGUACAGCACAGUUGGUCUCUGGUGAUGGAAGGUUAUUAUAUUCCACAUCAUUGGAAAUAUGAAUGAAUGAAAUCUUCAUUGCUAAAAGCUAUAAGCCGUCACAAUGCAUAGAAUACAAAUAAUUGAUUUAAAACUGAACAACAACAGCAAAGCAAACAUACAAAAAUGCAAAAAUCACACCUGCAUAAGUUAAGCACUCCACUUCUCACACUUCCCCUUAUGAUACUUGUCUUGGUGCCUAGCUCUCAACUUACUUGCAGCCAAGGCAAAGUUUGCAACCAGUGCAGUAAUAAAUACAUUAUUGCCAGCCAGCAAAAUAGAGAUUUUCUCAAGGGGAGGUGGGUUUGAAAGAGAGCAAAGGAUGUAGUCGAGGAAUUUUUUUCUAGGGGAUGUAUAUAAAGGGCACUGUAACAAAUAGGGUUCAAUGUCCUCCACAUUUCCCGACUCACAGAUGCAAAGUCUUUGUUAUUAAAUCUUCCCAUUAGAUAUGCAGAGGGCAUGCACUGAGAACACAAAGCUCUAAAUACUUUUCUAAGUGUUCCCAGCAUGAGAUUAAUAAAGUAUUGCUCCAUCCCCAAAGAUGUUUUAUAUAUUGGAUAUCAGGAUGCGUAUGCCAUCUGGAAAAGUGAAUGAAGGUCCCUCCGUUUAAAGUCCAAAUAAAUUUUUUCUUUGAUGAGUUGCUUGACUCUGUUAGAGGCAAAAUUUGGUAGGGAGUCCACAUUAAUCCCAUAAUAAUGGAGAAUAUUGGAAAUAUUACAAGGCAAAUGAUUUCUGAAGUAGCUUUGGCUCUUUCAGCCUAUGGCAAAUGUUAACUUAAAAAAAAAAAAGCCCCCAAAACCCACAGUUCUAGCUGUAAAACCAAGAAUAUUCACUCAAGCUGCGAAAUUUUCCAUGUAAACCUAGCAGAUCAGAACCCCAGCUGCUUAGAUUUAUUAAGCCAACAAAGUGUCUCUGAUAAUGUUGUAAUUAAACAAUGUUAUUGUGCAUGCAUCCUUAGGGAAUUCAGAUGGUUUAUUGCUGAUCAGACUUGCUGGUGUGGAGCUAACACCAGAUGGCACGGUCUGGUUGAAAGAAGAGGUAAAACCCCCACAGAUGAUGUGGUUCCAACUUCUGGGAAGAAAGGACUCAGCGCUUGAUUGCCUUGUGGUAGUAAGUAAGGUAAAUAAAAAUGGGGGCAGGGGGAAUAGAUAUGCAUCCAUGGAACCUAAUCCUAAGCAUAUAUACUCAAGACCCUCUGUGUUCACUGGGACUUAUUGCCAAGCAAAAAUGCAUAGAGUUGCAGCCUUAAUCUCUGCAUAUUUAAUAUUUUUAAGGUGGGUGGUGCUGUGGGUUAAACCACAGAACCUAGGACUUGCCGAUCAGAAUAUCAGCGGUUCGAAUCCCUGUGACGGGGUGAGCUCCCGUUGCUCGGUCCCUGCUCCUGCCAACCUAGCAGUUCGAAAACACGUCAAAGUGCAAGUAGAUAAAUAGGUACCACUCUGGCGGGAAGGUAAACGGCGUUUCCAUGCGCUGCUCUGGUUCGCCAGAAGCGGCUUAGUCAUGCUGGCCACAUGACCCGGAAGCUGUACGCUGGCUCCCUCGGCCAGUAAAGCGAGAUGAGCGCCGCAACCCCAGAGUCGGUCACGACUGGACCUAAUGGUCAGGGGUCCCUUUACCUUUAAUGUGGCUGUUGUUUUCUGUAAUUCUUGUGUAAGACACUCAACAGCGCUAUCGAUGUCUAUUCCAAACAGGGUAGAUUUUCCAGUAUCUGCCUAAAUGAAGAAAUCCUGAGACGAGGGCUUGGCAAGACAGUCCGUAUUGAUGGACUAGCUCACGAAUCCCAGAUAUAUUGGAAACUCCACAAGAGGCUCCUUCGAGCUGAACUGAAAGCCGUGAGAAAAAAUAAAGGAAUCUGGAAAGAAGAAACCUUAAUUGAGAAGCUGAAAGAGCGUAUAAGAAACAACAGAUACAUGCAGAAGUUAAAACAAUUUGCAACCUGGCUAAGCACCCGCCUCUAAAAUCAAUGGGUUUGUCGAGGAGGAAGAACACACACACACCAGAUGGAGAAGGAUGCAACACUGUAUUUUCCUCCUGUCAGAAUAUCACAACUAAUGCCUGGCCUUCUGUUGGUGGCUUCUGCCUUAGGGGAAGAAUACGAAAACAUCACAGAACAUAUUUCUGGAGGAGAUAGAUGCACAUAGCAUAUUCAGAUAUUAGUUUAAUUCAGAUGUAAGUUAUCCAAAAGUAUAAAAACAGAGACCCAAAUCUAGGCCACGUAACAUUCCAGCAAGAGAAUAAAACUGAAAGCUUGCUUCAUAGAGGGAAAUACUGGAAUUAACUGGGGCAUAUCUCAUCCAUGCAUGUGGCUGCUGUCAGUCCUUCCCUAAUUGUGGAGCACCUGAAUUAGGCAGCAGACAGAGUGGAGAAGCCUUUUUUUCUCCUGUGAAGUUGUGAGUGGAAUAUAGGCUCAGUUCCUAGGAUUGGGAUCCCCUCAGUGGAAUCAACAAACAUAGGUAACAUUAAAAUCACAGAUCACGCCCCAGUAGAAGUCAUCGUUAAAAUAGGAGAAGGAACACAAACCACCCCAUCAUGGUCCUUCAGUCCCAUCCUAACUACAAACAAACAAAUUAGAGAGAGUCUCACAAAAACCCUCCAAAACUACCUCAAGGAAAACGAUGUAAACAAUAUAACAACCCCC